AUGGGCUUCCGAACGAUUAGUGACGACGUCAAACUACGUGCUUUGCAUCUGAUUGACAGGGGACUCGAACGCGAAGCGAUAUGUAGCAUUCUUGGCGUGUCUCUUGCUAGCUUGACACGAUGGAAACACAAUUUUGAGGAACAUGACUCCCUUGCUCGACCUCCCCGGUCCAUUCGUGGCCGACCCUCUCGGACGACGGGCGAGCAGCGGUCCGACAUCCUGAAUCUACUUAUAGAGGCUCCAGACCUCUAUCUUGACGAAGUCCAGCAGUGGCUUGCUAUUGCCCACGAAUUGGCUCUCUCGAAUACCGCGAUUCAUGACCUCAUCAACGACUCU